AUGGAGUAUGUUUUUUGUCUCUUUUUGUACUUGGUUUAGGCAUCAAGUUUUGAGAAAUCGAACGGUUUCCAUCUGAUGUCAAGUACAAUAUAAAUUUUCAGGCCGAAGGUGUUGGUUUACGCACAGACGGCGCGGCUGAUGAAACAUGCAAACCAGGAUUGGAAAGAUCUCUCUGGUCAACAGAGUACGAUGCAGGUUGUGCAGCAACAAAAUCAGUUUUUUCUCGUCGUUGGAAACGCGACGCCUUCCGGUUAUGAGGCGUUAAUAGAGCAGAAUAUCAGCUUGAUUUUAAAGUACGAUGGCGAUUUGGACCGGAAUUUCCUCCUUUUUCGGAACAAUCAAAAGAUUGUAAGCUGUUUUGACCUUUUUUCGACCAUUCCUGAACUAUAUUAUACAUGAGACAUUUCAGGUGUACGGAUUGCAAUUUGCGGACAAAAGAGAAGCCCAACAAGUGGAUCAGGUGAUGGAGAGGUUAAUAGAGUUAACCAAAAACAAGCCGCCUGUAUAUCAGGAUCCGCAUGCUGGCUUCUAUGCGCAAGGCCAAAAUGGAUCUGAUCCAAGCUUUCGAAGUGAAGGCGAUGCCGACAGUCUAGGGUCGAAUGGAGUGAGGUAAGGCGAAGAAAAAUUUUUUUUUGUGUCUUCAAACUUUUAGAACCAUUUCCCAAUCGGAAAAUUUAUUUUCGUAACGUCGCCGAUAUUAUCCAUGAGCAACGUGACGAUGGAUAAUAUUUUUCUUUCUCCUGGCGCCUUUUUAUGUUUUUGUGCUUGCAUUUUGAUCCCUCUGGUAAAGCUGGGGAUUUCCGGGGAUCACAGAGCGUAUUGUCUGUCUCUUUGGGCGAAAAAACUUGUACUUCCAUAAGGAUUGUUUUAGAGACCUGAUCACGUUUGAUCUGUCUGUUUACUGGAAGUUUUAAGUUUGGGUAAUUAUAAGAUUUUUGAGGUAAAUUAAAACUCAUGUUGUUUUGAUUUUGGGGAAUUUCUUUUUUUUCUGAAUUGAUGGGGAAUAAGGUCGAAAAACAUCCAUUUACCUUAUUUUAGGUAAUAAUUUUUGAUUUUUUUUCUAAUUGUAACGCUAAAGCUAGCAUUUUUGCUAUCGUUUCUGCCGAAAUUUCUCGUAAAAUUAUAUUAUCCAUGAUACUACCUCAAAAUUUUUUUGAAUUCCCCUUCGAUUCUCAUCGAAUUUCCCACUUCCUCAAAGUGAAUUACUCCUCCAAUAGUGACCCAAUAAAAAUCUGACCUUAAAUCCAAUACUUUGGUCAUGGAAAACAUGCAAUUUUCAAGGUUACGUAGUAAUCUUUUGUUUUUUCACCCGUGUUUUGCUAAGAAACCAUAUACAUCAAGAUCACUGAGAAGAUUGACUCGACCAACUAUGAGUCACUCUGCCUUUUACCCGCCGUUUUUACGUCUUUGAUAAAUUAAGGAAAGUCAAAGGGAAAAAACUUUCGAAAAAACUAUAUAAAUUAAGAAUCCGGGUCUUAAUUCGGAUUUGGAACGAAGGGAAGGGUUCGUUCUUAUGUUUAGAGUGAUUUUUGGUUCGGAAAUUGUAGGGUAAUAUUGGAUUUUGGCAGUUUUUGGCCAUGUUUUGUCCUGUUUUGGCAGUUGUUAAUAAAAAGUGGUAAAAAAAUGAUGAAAAGUACUGAAUUUUAGGCUAGAAUUGCCAGGGAUUUUAGAGAACGGUCGUAUUUUUUUUAUCAAUAAGCAGUCUUCAAAAUGGAUUUUAGGCCUUGUGAAAUUUGGGACAUUUUAUACGAUAAAACACAAUUUUGGUUUUAUUUUGAAAUUUUGAUGAUCUUUAUAGCAAAUUUUGCAUCUUAUUGGGUGCGGUAUGGCAUGGUCUACCUUUUUAAGUUUUAUAAAAAAAUUGCGGAGUCGUUUUAUACGAAAAAAUAUGUUUUUGGGCAAAUUUAUGCGGCGUAUUUUACCAUUUUUUUUAUGUAGAAUGACUAAACAAUAUCCAAAAUCUGUUUUUAACCAUUUCUCAGCCUCUUUCCACUAUCUCCAAACGACUCAUUCUUCUGUCUUACUGUACUCUAUCACUUUACGAACGCUUUUUUUUGUUUAUUAUACUAGUGACUCACUAAAGUGCAUUUUUAUUUGCAAUUUUGGAAGUUUUUUUUUUCGCAAAACGUUAUUUUUAGCAGUAAUUUUUGCUCGGAAAAGACGGUUUCGAGCGAUUUUUUGUUGAGAUUUUUGAAAAAAUUGAUGCCGUUCAGUGUGAACGUCUCUAAUUCCAUCGUUUUCAGACAGUACAACUAUCAAACGCCACAUCAAACCCAACAAAUUGGCACUCAUUUAUCGCAGCAACAACAACGUCGCGCCUCCCAAACCUCGUCCGGCUCGUCAACAACCCUUCAGCAAAACAUCUACGCAACCGUAAGAACUCUUUUUUUACUUUAGUUGGGACGAAAACACCUUUUUUGAGCACUCUUGGGCAAAAAAUCACCUAGUGUAAUAUAAAUUUUAAAUUUUUUAUAUUUUUUCCCCUCAAAAGUUCUGUCAAGGGUAAUUGAGUGACCCCUGUUAUGGCCAUAAGUGGCCCUAUUUGACAUUAUUAGCUAUAUAGCAAGGUUGGCUGACAGCCACGGGCGAAUUGAAUAUUUAAUGGAAUAAUGGCCUUUCUGUUUUUUGGACAGGUCAAUUUUUAUGUUUUUUGGCAUGCCUCGCGGCGUUUGACCCCCCAUUGAGCUUGAAUUUGAAAUAUAGCGGUGUUGGAAGGGUUACUUUAUAUUGCUUUAGGGAGCUGAGGUGCUUUUUUAGGCAAAAUUUUAAGAUUUUUUCAUGUCGGAAAUAGGAUUUUUGUAGUGUUCAGAACAUUUUAGAGAACUUUAAUUCCAUUAUGCUUGUUUUACAAUGUCUUUUUCUCUUUGGCGAACUGAUUUUGUAAUUUUUUUGUACUAAUUUUUUUUCUAUUUUAAAAUUUGAUCUUCAAAGCGUCGAAAAUCAGACUAAUUCUUCGUGAAUGGCCUUCCUAGGCCGGUAAUUGACUUUUUAUCCGGCGGAAGGAAGAGCCCCGUUAAGUUGUCUAAACCUUUCUUCCCCCUUUUUUUCUCACAAUAACACUUUGUGCUACGGGCCGGAAGAUUCGCCUCUUCCCCACGCACUAAUCGUCUUAUGCCUCGGGAAAUUCCACGGCACCCUCGGAAUCUUCACGUCGGAAUUUUUGAACUCGAAAUUUGGAAGUUUUUGCAACUUUUUUGAGGCUCGGACCAAAAUUAGCUAUGGAUAAGAUAAAUUUUGAUGUUAAACGGGGAAUUUGGACCGCGUUUGAAGUCCAAAUUGGGUAUUAAUACUCGCGCGGACGUUUGCCGGCUUUGCUUCGCCUUUUGUUUGCCGGGUGCGGAUCUAAUUUGCAUAUUUUUGAAGCGAAAUGAGCGUUUGGCUGCGUUUCCCCCGCUGUUGUUGCACAACAGUGAAAUGGCCGGAGGUAAGAAGGGUAAAAUACGGAGUUUAAUAGUUAAAUUAUAUGUAAUUAGAUGUUUUUGAGGUAAUGGGACAUCAAACUUUGUCAUGGGUAAUGUCUUUGGAAGUGAUCUUACCGCUUGAAACAGAAUGCCAAGAAUAGCUGGAAAUUCAAAUAUUUUCACAGUAAGAGCAUUAGAAUUGACUAGUAGGGUUUAUAUGACGAAUUUUACAGUCAAUCAUGCAGUUUUUGGUUGAUUUGAAAGCUUGAAACAGAAUGCCAAAAAUGACGGGAAUUUCAAAAAAUUUUUAGGUUUUCGAAAAAUGUAAAGACCGCUCCAAAAAUUUCUUCUUCCUCCCCAAGCUACAAAACAAGGAUCCGUUUUUUCUGAUCGCCUUCACCGAAAAAACAACAACUUGAUUGUUUUUACUCUUCCCCCGCCACCUCCAAUAAUAGUAAUAGUAUUGUGUUUAGUCACCCGUUGUGUAAAUUGGAAGAGGAGUGUAGAUCAUCAUCAUCUCAUUUAUAAUCCCCUCCUCCUCUUGCUCCCUCUUUUCGGACAUUCGCCCGCGCCUGACUUUCACUCGAUUACUCUUUUUUUCGACCACCAACAUUCUUCCGAAUGCUGCUGGAAGAAGAGGCUAGUGCAAUGUUGUGGACGGUCAGCUUUGUUAGGAGUGAUAAUGUUAAGGUAAUAUGGAGUAAGGGAAAGGGUUUAGAAAGUGUUUUGGAAGAAUGUUUGGGGCUUAAGGUUAAGAAACGGCCGAAAAACGGGAUUUCAGAAGUCAUAAAGUGUGAUUGACAAAAUUUGGAGGAAAUGGGAACUUUUUGAUCAAGUUUGAGCGAAUUUUUAGCAAUUCAAGUAUUUACAGGCCCAACUCAACGGUUUCAACACCCCAACGAACGGUCAAAUGGCCCUGGGUCAGCUGCAACAACCCGCCAACGGCCAUCCCCAUCACUUUAGUUCUUCGAAUGGAUCACUGAUCUCGAACGGAUCACUUGGCCAUCAAAACGGCCAUCCGAAUGGCCAUAGUCAGCCGAUCCGACAACCCGUCGCUCCCCCUCCACAACCCCCACCACAACCGCCAGCUCAAGCCACGAAUUGCGCCCCUCCCCCGCCCCCUCCGCCGCCACCGCCUCAGGCAAAAGUUGCGCAAGUUUCGACGUCGGCACCCCCGCCACCCCCUCCGCCGCCACCAGGCCUUUUUAAGGCCAAUGGAGAUCCAAAAACCAAGCCUAAAACCAUGGCGGACGCGAUCAAAGCGGCCAGCGAGGCCAAGGCCGCGAACAAUGCGAACGGAAUUCAGGUGAAUAAAGUGCCAGAAAAAGGCGCAACUCUGUCACAAAAUGGAUCGGGCGCCUUGAUGGACGAGUUGCAGCAAAAAAUCAGACGGAUGCAGAACAAUGCGGAAGUCGGAUCAGUGGGAUCGGCCGCCUCGACAUCAAGUACAAUAUCAUCGGCCUCCUCGGAGGAAAGGCAGGUCCCCCGACCCUGGCAAAAGACGUCGAAUGCCUCCUUGAACUCGAACCCGCCUCAGAAUGGAGGCACGGGGACGUUGACGGCACAUGGACACAAUGGGACGAAUGGAACUGACUCACCUAAAGUUAGGAGAAAGUAAGUGAAAUCAGGGAGUUUUUAGAGAGGAUUUUUGAUUGGGAAUUGUUAAACAGGGUAAUAAAGAGGGUUUAUAAGAAUUUAUAGUAAGAGUUUUUAUCUUUUCGAAUCUUUUUUGGUGGUUUUUAAAAAAAAUUUUUGCCAUUUUGGCCUAGUAUAACAUAACGUAUUUUUUCAAGUUUGACCCAAAGUUUUUUGCUUGUGAAAUAAAAAUUAUAAAAUUUUAGGAACACCUUGACCAACGGCUCAUCCCCUGAAGAGCGAUACCUCACCGUGGCGGACCUGGAACGCUUCAAACAGGACAUUCUCCUUGAUUUCCAACGAAUCGUGGACAAACGCACCAACGAAAUGAUCGAAAUCCUACGACAAGAGCUCCAAAAACGCUGA